AUGGCCUGGAUCCAGCAAACACCAGGCUCUGGCGGUCGCGCCGCGUCCCCAACAGUCUUUGAGCAGCAGCGCGAGGAACUCGUCCGAGAGAUUGCAGUGGGUAUGGAGCAAGUACUUCAAAACAUCAACCGCCUGAAUCGGAAUCUGGAGAGUGUGAUUGCGGUGGGGAAUGAAUUUGGAUCUGUGGAAGCUCUCUGGUCCCAGUUUGAGAACUUUAUGGGCCGGCCUGAAGAACAAGGUGAGGCUGGCAAUGACAAUGAGAAGCGGAAGGUUAGCGGGGAGAGUGAUGCGAGUAAGUCGGGAGUAAAGCGUGAAGACGACGAGGGUGACUCGACAGUCAUGCAGUGA